AUGGCAGAACCACUCCCCACCACUGCCGCCCCCUGCUGCCGCACGGUCAGGGUGCCGCCGCCGCACGGUCACGGCGCCGCUGCCGCACGGUCACGGCGCCGCUGCCGCGGCCAUGGCCUUCCGCCCGCUCUGCCGCGCGCCGCGCUCCAGCCGCGACCGGAAGUUGCCCGACCGCGCGGGCAGCGGCGGCGGCGCAGAGUUGAAGCUUGUCCAGUAUAUGCAAUUGAAGAUGAUGUUCAUUCUCCAGAGUUUAUAGACUUAAAAAGCUGUGUCUUGGAUGUCAUAAGUUUGUCCUCUGCAGUCAGCUAUGGAAGAUGCUUACAUAAUGCCAGUUGUGAGCCACGGUUACUACAAAACCCCAGCGAAUCCAAACUGGAAACUGCUGAAGUUCUGAGAAGGAAACUCUGUCAAGCUAACAAAGAAAAAUUAGACUUAGCCAUUAAACACAAUCAAGAACUGUCCAGCUAUGAAAGCCAGAUAGUCAAGUUACGAUCAGAAAUUGAGAAAGGAGAGGCUCUUCGACAAAAUCUGGAGUAUGAAUUGGCAGUCGUCAGAAAAGAUGCUCGCCUGAAAGUGUAUGCUGCAGAAGAGGAGUUAAGAGAUUCAAAAACCAAACUUGCUGAACUGCAAGUAUUGAAUGAAAAACUUCAUCAGAAAGUGGCAGAAGCUGAGAGAACAUUUUGUAUUGCUCAGCAGAAGUGGAAAGAACAACAGCAAAGACUUGCAAGUGAGAAGGAUGAUAUCCGCAGAACUUGUAACAGUCAAUACGAAUUGCUGCUUAAAGAAAGAACCCAAUUAGAAAAUGUUUUGCAGGAGCAGAGUAAUGCACUGCAAAAUGUACAGAAGAAAAUGAAAGAUGUGGAGGUGGAACAUAGCAGGUGUACAGAGCUGCUGAGGAACCAGGCCAAUGAACUUGAAUACAGUGCUGAACGAGAGAGCCAACUUAAAAAAGAGCUUGAAGUAGCUACCGUGAGAAUAAAGAAACUGGAAGAAAACAUUGAAGCAGAAAGAUCAGCACAUUUAGAAUCCAAACUCAAUUCAGAGAUCAUCCAGUUAAGAAUUCAAGACCUUGAAGGAGCUUUACAGGUGGAAAAAGCCAGCCAAGCAGAAGCUCUUUCGGAUUUAGAAGUUAUCAAGAAAGAGUUCAAAGAGGUAGAAAAUGCAUAUGAGAGAGAAAAAUGCAAUGCCCAAGAGAACCUGGAAAAACUCAAUGCAUUAGAAAGAGAGUGUUCCUGCAGAAACAAGGAAAUGCAUGAGAAGACUGAGGAAAAGAACAAAGUAAUUGAAGACCUUUCUGUGAGACUAGAGCGCAGUGAAAAGAACUGCAGAGAAUUACAGGAGAAACUGGCAAUGGCCAAGAAACACCAGGUUUUUCUAACGGAGACGUAUGAAAACAACAUGAGAGAACUGAAGUUACUCUUGGACAGCUUUGCUAUGUCAGGCCAGCGGACAGCAGGCACUUGUAAGGACAAUGAUAAACCUCUGAGCUUCUCUGUCCUUGAGACUUUGAGGUAUACCUUGACAGCUUACCAGAACAAGCUGGAAGACACAUCUAAUGAGCUUGAAAAAAUGAAGGCUUUGUGUGAAAAGAUGACAAAAGAACUUGAGGUAUCGAAGGAGAAAAUGUGUACUUUACAUCAGGAACUUAAGGAUGCUCAGGAUAGCCUGGCUGAUGGCAACAAAGAGUUAAAUCAUCUGCACACUAAGUGUGGAGACAGAGAGACUUUAAUAGGAACUUUAAAAAUGGAACUCCAGAAUGUACAGCAGUGCUGGGCAAAGGAGAAAAUACGUGCCACAGAAUCUGAAAAUGAAAUCCAGCAGCUUACCAGGGCUUACCAGAAGGAUAUGGAGGAGAAGCUAACCUUCCUCCAUAGCUUAUACCAGCGUUUGGUAGCAGGCUGUGUGCUUAUAAAACAACCAGAAGGCAUCUUAGAUAGAUUCACUUGGUGUGAGCUUUGUGCAGUCUUGCAGGAGAAUGUUGAUGCCCUGAUCUUAGACCUCAACAGGGCUAAUGAGAAGAUAUGUCACCUGGAAUAUCUUUGUAAAAACAAGUCUGAUACUAUGAAGGAACUGCAGCAGAGCCAGGAAGAUGCUUUCAGCAAAAUGGCUGAACAGAUGAAAGAACAGGAAAACUGUUGGCAGAAACAAAAAAAGUAUCUGGAACAGCAGUACUUGGAUCUUCUUGAGGAAGUUCAUGCAAGGGCACAGGAGUAUCAAGAAAUGGCAGAGAAGAACAAGGAAAAAAAUUAUGUCCUUGAAAAAAGACGAGAAAAAUUGGCCCUUGAAUUUUUUUCUGUGAAAAAUACAUUAACAGAGGUUCAGAAAGAGCAUUCAUCUCUCUUGGCAGCCUGUGCUCUAUUGGCAGGUGCCUUAUAUCCUCUCUAUGGCCGAUCGUGUGCUGUGUCUUCUCAAAGACAUCUUCUGCAGGAUCAGGUCAACGUUUAUGAAUUAGCAAAUGAAGAGAUUAGGACCCUAGUUCAUGCUCUCUCUGAUGUAGAGGAAGACAAUCAAAAUGAAGCACAACUGAAGAAAAGAAAGUUGAAAGGCCAAAUUCAUGUGUUCCGAAGAGCUGUGAUUGCAGUUUUGGCAGCUAACAGGCUUAAAAAGUUUGCCAAGUCUUCUAGUUCCCUCUUCUCCUGGGUGGAUGACCUCAAAGGUGGCACUAGAAUUCUAGUUUGCAUAGGAGAAUCCAAAGGUCGCAGAGAGGAACAAAUUCGCUGUGUUGAAGCAUUCAGAUGGUUUACUAGUUCUAACCUCCUUGCUGCAAUAAUCAGUUCUGUCACUGAAUUACAGGAUGUUGUUAACAAAACAGAUCCAAAGCCCUGGCUGUCUGAACAUUUACUUGUAAGCGCAGCCAGGAAUUCCUUUUCAAAACUUAUGGACAAGCUGCAUGUAAUAAUGGAGACUGUUCCACCAUACAACAGCAGGAGUGUUAUUUGUCUGGAGAGAGACUCCUUGAUACAGAGGCUGGCUUAUGGACUUCAUAAAAUAAAUACCCUGGCCCUGGAAGCUGGAUUGUGUGACAGACUACCCAUUAUGAAAAGCGUAGCAUCCUUGAAGAAACAAGUAUUUGAAUUUACACAAAGACUUCAUACAGCAGAAGUGGAACGCCGUUCACUGCGUCUAAAACUUGCAGAAUUCAAAUGGAAUUUAAGUGAGUUGAAAAAAGAAGCUGACAAAGCCCAGAUCCUGCAAGAGCAAUUAAAUACGUUUAAGCAAUCCGAAUUGAUGACACAUGAGAGUUUUGGAAGUGUAUGUGAAGAAUUAAAUAAUGCAUUACAUCGGGAGCAUCAGGCACAACUGCUUUUGAAUGAACAGGCACAACAGCUGCAGGAGUUAAAUAAUAAAUUAGAAUUGCACUUCAGUGAAGAAACAGAUAAAACCCAAGUCUUAAGUGAAACCAUAAAGAGACUGUCCGAGGCAAAGAUAGAGUUGAGAAGAAAAGAUCAAUCUCUGCGUCAGCUCAAUAGACUUCUUACCCAGCUGGAGCAGGACAAGCGUCGACUGAAAGAGAGCAUCCGUGAUGCAGAGGAUGCCCUCUGCAUGGCAGCAAAAGACAAAGAAUUGAUUAUUAGUCAUAUGAAAUCUGUGGAAGUCACUCUUCAUAAGGUCAGAGAUCAGACCUUGCUGUCACGGUUUGCAGCAACCAGGAAUGACUUCACCCUGCAGCUACCCAAACUGCACCUAGAGACCUUAGCACUGGAGGGGCUGAAGGGCAGGCCAGAGGCUGUAGCAUUUCAGGCCAUGAUUAAAAGUUUUAUGGAUGUCUACCAACUUGCAAGUUCCAGAAUUGACAUGCUAGUGGGAGAAACAAUGUCCAAGCCCCAAACAACUUGUCUUCAUGAAAGUGAGAGCUUUCAAUUGGUAAUAUUUUGCUUUAAAAUGGAGUUCAAACAUCGUGGCUUCAAGCUAGGAAUUCAGCCUGACCAGAGCUGUAUCCCAGAUUUUUUGGCACUACGUGCUGAACCUGACACACUCUACAGCUUUAUGCACAAUAGAGCCAGUUCUUGGUCUUCAGUAGAUUCCUUCAGGUUGAAUGUCACAUCCAGUCCCAAAAGAACAGUGGAAAAUGGAUUUUCAGAUUCUCCAUAUCACUAAAGUUUUAAAAGGAAAAAAAUGGCAAUAAUGUAAAAUGAUGCAAUUAAAGUGCAGGUUCCUGCUACCUUUG